UGCAAGCGCCGAGCACGUGCCGCGCGCUCACGUGGUGCCGCCGAGCGCGCGUCCGUCGUGCCGGCCCGUAUGAAUAAUUGUGUACGGAGUGAAUGAAUCGAUGCGCGGCGCGGGAGCGGGAGCGGCGGAGCGGGGCGGCUGCGUGGAGGGGUGCGCCGCGGCGCGCCAGUCUCGUGCCGGUAGUCGGUAGGUCAACCGAGCGACUCCGGGAGCCGUCCCCGCCGCGCCGUCGCUCGCUCGUAGUCGUAGUGCGCCCGCCCCACGCCGGCCCACGAGUCCAUGGAAACCCAGAAUCAGGAUGCGGCACACAGCCCCGCUGAAGUGCCGAACGACCCCGGGAAGAUGUUCGUCGGAGGACUCAGCUGGCAGACUAGUCCAGAAAGCCUUCGGGAUUACUUUAGCAAAUUCGGCGAAAUCACAGAAGUUAUGGUUAUGAAAGAUCCAACAACGAGGCGGUCGAGGGGUUUUGGCUUUAUCACAUUUGGAGACCCUGGUAGUGUAGAUAAAGUAUUAGCGCAAGGAACACACGAAUUAGACGGCAAAAAGAUUGAUCCUAAAGUGGCCUUUCCCAGAAGAGCACAUCCAAAGAUGGUGACCAGGACAAAGAAAAUCUUCGUAGGAGGGUUAUCAGCACCCACAACGCUGGAAGACGUAAAGAAUUACUUCGAACAGUUUGGCCCGAUCGAGGACGCCAUGUUAAUGUUCGACAAACAGACCAAUAGGCACAGAGGUUUCGGUUUCGUCACGUUUCAAAGUGAAGACAUAGUAGAUAAAGUGUGCGAAAUACAUUUUCACGAAAUCAACAACAAAAUGGUGGAAUGCAAGAAAGCACAACCUAAAGAAGUUAUGCUACCAGCGAAUCUGGCGAAGACGAGAGCCGCCGGUCGCGGCGCGUACGAUUUCAUGUGGUCAUUGGGUGCUCUUCCUGACGGUUUCCCCGCAGCAUACGCCGCCUACGCGGCAGGACGGAGCUAUUCGGGCUAUCCUAGCUUCGGGCUGCCAUACCCUGCAGUUGACCUGACCAACGGCCAACUGACACCGAACAACAACACACCGCUGCUCGCGCAGGCGCUCUCAGUGAUGAACAACUACCAAGCGGCAGCCGCCGGGUUCGGGCCACCAGCGUCCCCACACGCCGCCGGCGGCCGCGCCGGCUUCCCCGCCGCCAGCUCGCCCGGGCCCGCGCUGGACGUGUACGGCUCGGCCGCGGACAGCGUCGGAUACGUACAGGCCGCCAGCCCCCAGCCCUCUGGAUUCCCCGCGAUCGCAGUCAGCCGCGCGCCCCUCAAUUACACCCCGGGACCCCUGAUUCCUGCGGCUUUUACCAAUGGAUACCAUUGAAAGUGUCUCAGCACUAAUAUUUUACGUGGCGAGCGGUGUGGCGUCGCGUAACGUCCCGCGGCAGCCCCGCACGACACAUCUCCUCGACCGGCCCCCGCCGCCCUCUCCCCGCGCCGCCCCGCGUGCCCCUCGGGCGCCCCGCGUGCGCCGGCGACGGUCGUCUCAUCCGUCCGACCACCGCGCGGACCGAUCCGUCGACCGCAACACCACCCCCCUCUAUCCUCCUUCCUUAAACCCACCCCCUAUCCCGAAGACCCUGAGGAGACCCUGUCUAUUGUAAAUAAUAAUAAUCUACUUUUUAUCGUGUGAACGAGAGAUAGUCUAUUACUUAAACAGGUAUUUUUUCAAACUUUUCUCGCUUUCAACUGUACCGUAGAUGUGUUGUCAGAAUAUUAAAGGAUUAAACUACAAAAAAAUACAUUUCAUAAUUAUAUAAACAUGCAUCUAGACAGUUAAAUCGCAGGGAGAUAUAUCUUCACUAUUUUAUUGUUCAUAGUUAAAUUACAGUUUUAAGAUGUAACUUAAUGUCCCUCCACGCGCGCGGGACCUUCGUUUCUAGACACAGAAUUACUUGGCAUGUACUAUAACGUCGCCCACCGAGCGCGUUUCACGGGUCACAAUUUUUUAGGAACAAGCUUUUGUAAUGAGUAGGAGUUUGAAAAUGAAGAGCAGUUGUAUGGAGGUUCUAACGUGUCGCAAGCAUGGCGGCGGCGUGCGUCGACGCAGCGGGCCCGCAGCCCGGACGGCCACGUGACAAUAAGCGAGGCGCGCCGGCUCGACGCACACGCGCCACGCUCCUAGCUCGUCCACCAACACAUAUUUUAUUCUAUUUUUAAUAUUAAUGUCAAAUAUUAAUAAUUAUUAUACUACUAUAUAUUACGCAUAUUUUACCUAUGAAUGUAAUUAUUUUUCGCCUAAUUCGAAUUGUAUAAAAUCACGUCUUUGAACCGCUGUUCCGUUUCAAGUAGAUACAGUUUCUCGAUUACUUCUGUAUAAGACUAUGUUAGUUACGAUAAAAUACUACGUAUACAUACUUUCUAAUAUUUAUGUAUUAUGAUAUAAAAUUUUAUCCUAAGGAUAAUAAUGAUCAUAGACGGUUCAUAAGGACGGUCGGGAAGCUAAGUCGGAACGUUUCACAAUAUCUCUCAUCGCGUUAAGAUAAUAAUUCGUUUCUAUCUUGUACCUUUAAAAGUAGGUAUUGUAAUUAUAAUAAAUGAAAAUUUUGUGCAUUACGUAAUAAAUAUUGCAUUAUUUCUUACGAUUGUAUUUACCGUAAUGUAAGACCACUGUUAAUGAGUAAUGAGGCGUCGCUAGAUUGUGACGUCACACCGUACUUAGUUGUAUUUACAAUUUUAAUCAAAUUAUUAAUAAACAAUAAAUUUUCGUACAGAUAAUAAAGUCACACGACACAAGCAUUUCAAUAAAAUAAAGACAGGGAUAUCACAAAAAGUAACUCGGCCAAAGGCGCAGGUUCGAGGUAAUAGAUUAAAUAUGAAGUCAAUUCAUUAAUCAUAUUCGUUAGGUACUGAAGACAUUUUUAUCGGCCACUUUUAUCUAGUUUGCUGCAGACAGGCGCGUAGGUGGCGUCGUAGCCCGCUACGCCGUAGACGCGCUACGCGCUGCUACGCAGCCGCGCCUGCGCAGCCGCCUGCUCGCUACACACAUAUGCACUCGGUUGCAUUCAUUCGUUCGUUAUUUACUAUUAAUUACUAUUAUUACACAUUAUCUACAUCAAUUAAACAUUAAUAUUAUAAAUCUAGGUAUUAAAUUUUAGGUAU